AUGAACGUCAGUGUUGUGACUGGGGAGCCGGGCGGAGACCCGUCUGCUCCCUUAAUGGAUUUUUUGGAGGGCUUUAGAGCCAGACCUUGCAUGGCAGGAUUAGAGUGGGCAAGGGACCACUGGCAUAGUGCACAAAGCAUUAUAGACCGGGUCUCGGUUUUGCGGACAAAAGCAAAAUCCAAACCUGGGAGGGGAAAAGUGGCUGUGUGCACUGUCCUGGGGGCAGCUCUGGCAGCUGCUAUACAGGAGAGGGCUGCUCGGCACUGCAAGGAGACGGCAGCGAUCGAGUCUUUAAAGGGGCUGGUGCAGACCCUGCAGAUCCGUAUCGCAGACCUGCGGGGGCAACUAGAAGAUGAAAAAGCACGUAGUGAAAGUUUGCAGCAAGUUUUAGAGGAUGUGCUAUCGCGAGACUCUAGCACGCCGGUCCCUGUCACAGCCACGCCGGUCCCAGCAGCCACUCCGGUCCCUGCCACAGCUUCACUGGUCCCAGCAGUCACGCCGGUCCCUGCCCCGACUGUGCCAGUCCCGGCAGCCGCACCGGUCCCUGCCCCAGUUCUUGCUGGUGUCACGGCUAGUGUCGUCGCUCCCUCAGAACUCAGAAGGGAGCCUGCAGCAACAUUGAGCCGAGCUGACACUGCGGUCUGUGUUCGCCCCUUAAUAAAAACUGAAUAUACAUAUGAAGGUGGCCAGGAUGAGGCCCCCCKUGUAACAACUAAAGAAGUGCCUUUUACACCUAUGGAACUGGCUAAACUGAAAAGGGAAUUUGGCCGCCGCCCUGGUGAAUCAGAAACUGAGUAUGUCUUCCGUGUUUCCUUAAGUGGGGGGGACCAGAUCUCACUCAGUGAGAAAGAAGCAGAGGGAUACUGGGGUCCUAGUGUGUUCCUCACCACGGGAGACAACAGGGCACCAUGGUCUCUGACCCAGAGGGCAGCAUAUUGGGCUGGUGGUCUAGAUCCCUUGGAGAGAGGUGAUCCCCUCACCAUAGAAGGAACCACAGACCAGCUGCUACAGAGCAUUCAUAAGGCUGCUUGCCUACAAAUGAUGUAUGAUCGCAAGCUAGUCCCUUUCCAGGAAUCACCCAUGAUGGUCUCAGUAGAUGCCAAGAAAAUGACUCCCCUAAAUCGGGGGCUUCCUGACUCUCUAAUUUUUGGUAUUCAAUUACAGGGAAAGUUAGAGGCUUUAGCCCCCUUAAAGAGAAUCAUCACUGCUCUGAGAGGUACCACUUCCUCUCCUGAAGGGGAUACCCUGGCACGAGAAAACAAGAUCUGGACCUGGUGAGACAUCGCCCGGGAAUUAAUCAAUUUUGGGAAAAAAUACGGUCCUGUAAAAUCAGCUGUAAGCCAACCAGAGACUUGUGGGGUGAGGCAUACCCGUCUCAGCCCAAGGGUAUCAACCAGACUGUCAUCCAGGAUUCCUCCCCGCUCCAAUCUAGGUGGAAGGGAGCACCUACUCACAAGGCAAGCUAUAUGGGCACAGGGGUGGAGGAAGGGAGUCCCAAAAAGGGUGAUGGAUGGUCUCCCCACAGACAAAUUGGAAAAGGUGGUGGCUGUAUGGCCAGAAAAUAUGUUCAAAGGACCGAGCAUGGGAAAGUGUGUUAGGAGCCCUAGCACACUCCCCUUUAAUCGAAGUAGGUGGGGAAGAAGGUGUGAUAAUGAAACUAAAGCGGGUAGACUAAAAGCUCCGUAUCCUUUUGGGAGGUGGGAGCACAACAGCUGGUUUAAAUGUAGAAUCCAGUAAAAAAUCACGGGGUGGCACAGAGAGCUUCAGUAAAUGGUAUGGGAAGGGACYGCCAAAUUGCUAAGCAUUCAGGAAAGGAGCACCUUGGGUCAGGAGGGUGACACACCUCUCUCCAGUCUGUCUUCCUAUCCUGUCUCUACCUAUACUGACUCCUUUGCUGUCUUUAAGGGCGGUACUGAAUGGCUCCCAUUUUUUAGAACACAAUGAGUGGGAAGUGAAUGGCUGCCCCAAUGCUUUUGUUAAUGCUUUUUAUCCUCAAGC